AUGGAUGAAGAAACUCUGGAGGGCGCCAUCUCUACGUAUGAAGCCCAGCUGCAGCAGGUGGAUGCCACGCUGGCUGCUGACCUGGACCCCUCCCAGCAGUGUGACCUGCUCAAAUUGAAAGAGGACCUGUGUCAGCUGAUAGGACUCACCAAAGCCAGCCUGCUGUCUUUCAGAAAGAGUCUGCUCGUAGCCUCUCUGGAGGACACCAGUAAAGUCCAGACCAACCCGUUGGAGACUCCAGCUGACACAAAAGGCCAUUUCGAUUCCGAGUUCGCUGCUUUCUAUACGGAGCUGGGGGAAUUUUCGGGGUCUAGUUCUGAUACAAGGGAACAAAAUCAGGAGCCUGAUGGCAGUGUAGAAGAGGCAUGUGAAGAAGAGGAGGGGGAGGAGGAAGACACUUUGAGCGGUACUAAAGUGAGAGCUCCUUACAGGACGUCGUGGGGGACCCUGGAGUACCACAAUGCCAUGGUGGUCGGGGCAGAGGCACCAGAUGGAGGAGAACCACAAGUUAGAGUAUUGUACAUCCAUCCCACUCAGAAGUCCAUGAAACCGUGUCCAUUCUAUCUCGAGGACAAGUGUCGCUUUCAGGAGAACUGCAGGUUUUCCCACGGGGAAGUGGUAUACAUGUCGGAGCUCAGAGACUUCGUGGACUGUAAUCUCAGUAGCCUCGAGGAAGGCUCGUCCUGCUUGACUCGGCAUGAGGACGGCAUCUGGUACCCUGCCAGAAUAACAGAAAUCGACAACGGGUUCUACACAGUUAAGUUUGACUCCCUGCUACUCAAAGAAGCUGUGGUUGAAGCUGACAGCAUCAUCCCACCGCUAAGAGAAGAAGACCCGCUGUCCUCUGACUCGGACCCGGAUGAUGCGGCUUACGCUACAGUUCUGGAGUCUGUUGGCGAAUCGACAGCAUGCAACACUGCCAUUUUUGGAGGUUGGGAGGUUCACACGAGAGGCAUCGGAUCCAAGCUAAUGCUCAAAAUGGGCUAUGAAUACGGCAAAGGUUUAGGAAAAACGCAGGAGGGCCGAGUGGAGCCCGUCAUGGCAGUCCUCGUACCCAAAGGCAAAUCACUGGACCAGUGCGCCGAGUUAACUCUGAGAGGCACUAAGAGCAAGCCAAAUGAUGUUGGACAAACAGGCCGGCCAAAGCGUCGGCGAAAGCAAAGGGAGGCCAACGGAAAGCGCAGCACCGUCUUUGACUUUCUUAACUACAAACUGGGCGCCAAGGAGUGCAGUGGUGCCGAGGAAGGGGCGGCAAUGGCGGCUGGUUCGUCCGCACUCACUGGGGUGGAGGCCUACAAGGGGGGCAAGAGCACCAAAAGGAGUCUCAAUGUGAAACUGUUCCAAGCUGCUGAGAGGGUGUCACAGACUGAGAGGGAGAUCGAGAACCUGACCCAGUCGCUCAGUAGGCAAACGGGCAGGGAUGCAUCCAGAGUGAAGCAGCUGGAACAGAAGCUGUCUGCUGCCCGUCGGCUGCUGGCCCAGCAGAAGGCCCAGGAGUUGUCCAUCCAGAGAGAGCAAAACAAGGCCGACACGCACAAGAAAAUGACUGAGUUCUAACCUCUCUUUAACAUGAGACUUUUUUAUUGUUGUUAUUGCUGUAUUCGUUCCAAUUCAAAACCAAGCUCACAUGGCAAACAACAAAAAGGAGUGCCACUUAUUCGACUUAUUUGGUUUAAGUCACAGUUGGUUGGAAUUUUGUCUGCACUGAAAAUACCAGAAGCUAAUUUUUGUUUGUAUAGA